UUCAACUCCGUGCAGUAAUCCCGACAUACAGUUAUUGCUUUUUGUUGUGCCACUAGUUGGUAUGUACGAUCAAAGGAAAGAUCAGAAGUCACGAGAUACAGCCAAAGACCUUUGACCCUAUUCGGUAUUUAAGAUCAAAGGGAACCUUCGGGCUACCCAUCUGCCGGUACUACCACCCGGAUAGUUCUCUGAGCUGUCCUGUACAACCCACACAGCUUCGGAAUACAAAAUCUAGCUAGCUAGUUGCCCUGCCCAUCCUAAAUUGCCUCUAUUCCACAGACACCCAACAUAAUCAUUUCCAUCAUGGCUCCCACACAAACGGUUCGAGUCCCGCACCUUGACGCGCAAGUCGGCUACAAGAUCUCGAACGGCAAGAUCGAUCCUUCGAAGCCGACAUUCAUCUUGAUUAACUCGCUGACUACUACCGUCGACCUCUAUAAUGCGGAGCUUACCAACCCAAAGUUGACUGCCGCGGCGAACUUGGUAGCUAUCGAACCCCUCGGUCAUGGCGCUACGUCUACAUCCGUCGAACACUUCACCUACUGGGACUCGGCGCUCGUUACACUGCAGGCUGCGCAGGCGUUAGGUGUAUCGAAAGCGUUCUCACUGGGGACUAGCCAGGGCGGAUGGAUUGCAGUUAGAACCGCGCUGUUGGCACCAGAAAGAAUUCAAGGUGUUAUUAUCCUCGGCUCGUCUAUGGACAGCGAGUCUGCUGACUCGCGCUCGAAAGGGUGCUGGGAUCCUUUCCCCAUCGUCGGACCGUUUCUUCAGAAGUGGAGCAGCUCUACGCCAACCCCGGAUUUCGUCGUCGGUGACGAUUGGAUCCAGCCCGUGAUGGGGCUGGGCUUCGGGGCUGCGGCUACUGAUGUGACUGUUGGUACUUGGACUCAGAUACUCAAGAGUGUUUACGCUGGCGAUGAGGGACGCAAGAAGCUUAGGAUGUCUGUCAUUAACUUGGCGGAGAGAGAUGGGUUGCUCCUUAGGUUGGGAGAUAUCAAGUGCCCUGUUCACUGGUUACAGGGAGUCAAUGAGCCGGUGUACGGCUCGGUUGUCCAGAAGGAACAGAUCAAACUAUUCACGGCCUCCAAGGAAGCUAAGCUUGACUUGAUUGACGGCGGUGCCCAUUUCUUAAACGCUACCAACCCUAAGGAGGUCGAAGAGGCAAUCCUUGGGAUGGUCGCAAAGGCUUAAAUUCAAUUUCUUGUAAUCGAAAUCGCGGCAUGCGAAGCUAGAGAAGUAAUUUGUUUCUCUUAUGAUUGGAAGUGAUAUUCUAAGGGAUUACAAGGUUACGAUUUAAAUACAUUCGCUUGGCUUAUAUCUCAACCUCACUUGCGUCCUAUGUCCAAGCUCUAUCUAACAUGCUGACCUCUGUUUACUCUGACUUUUGCCUACCCCAAAAACCCUUGACGAAAUCUGCGCACCUCUCGGCAACCAUUAUGGUCGGCGCCAUAGUAUGGCCACUAGUGAUUCUAGGGAAUACACUGGCGUCUGCGAUCCUCAAAUUCUU